ACUCCAUUUCAGAAGGGAACAUUUCUUCAUACCUGUCUGAACAGGGUGAGCCGAACCGCUGUAGGGCACAGAAAAGAUAGAAUUUAACAAAGAAGCAGGACUGGGAAGUAAACAAACGUAAGAGCAGGGAGUCUAGGACAAAUAUAUUUAGGGACAGCAACCAGGGAAAGAGACUUGCUUUUUUUUCCAUUCCUUGCUGGGCUGCUGCUCCAACUUUCUGAGACCGGUGGCUAUUUUAGUCUGUCAGUGUUGGGGUGGUUUAGGAUGGAUGCCAUCAUGUUGCAAGAGAAGCUGGUGGAACGACUUCUGUGCCCACGAGUGAGAACCGCCAGACAGAAGGAGAAACAAUAUGUUGGCUUUGCAACUCUACCCAACCAGGUCCACAGGAAGUCUGUAAAGAAAGGCUUUGAUUUUACCCUAAUGGUUGCAGGUGAAUCUGGGAUGGGAAAGUCCACUCUGGUCAACAGCCUUUUCCUUACAGACCUCUACAAAGACAGGAAGUUACUGAAUGCAGAGGAGCGGAUUAACCAAACUGUAGAGAUCAUCAAGCAUACUGUAGACAUAGAGGAGAAAGGAGUAAAGCUCAAGCUCACCAUAGUGGACACGCCGGGGUUUGGAGAUGCCGUCAACAACAACGAGUGCUGGAAGCCAAUCACAGACUACAUUGAUCAGCAGUUUGAGCAAUACUUCAGGGAUGAGAGCGGGCUGAAUAGAAAGAAUAUCCAGGACAACAGGGUCCACUGCUGCCUCUACUUCAUCCCUCCAUUUGGACAUGGCCUGCGUCCCGUUGAUGUGGAGUUUAUGAAGGCUCUUCAUGAAAAAGUGAACAUCAUUCCUCUGAUAGCAAAGGCCGACUGCCUCACUCCCAACGAGAUAAAAAAACUCAAAGACAGAAUACGGGAGGAAAUAGACAAGUUUGGGAUCAAAGUUUACCAGUUCCCUGAAUGUGACUCUGACGAGGAUGAGGAGUUUAAACAACUUGACAAAGAGCUGAAGGAGUGCACACCGUUCGCUGUGAUCGGCAGCAACACUGUGGUGGAGGCCAGAGGACAGAGGGUGAGAGGACGCCUGUACCCCUGGGGGAUUGUAGAAGUGGAAAAUCAGUCACACUGUGACUUUGUGAAACUGAGGAACAUGUUGAUCCGCUCACACAUGCACGACCUCAAAGAUGUAACCUGUGACGUCCACUAUGAGAACUACAGAGCGCAGUGCAUCCAGGAGAUGACCAGUAAACUGGCUCAGGACAAUCGGAUGGAGAGCCCCAUUCCCAUCCUGCCACUGUCCACCCCAGACGUGGACACUGAGAAGCUAAUCAAGAUGAAAGAUGAGGAGCUGAAGAGGAUGCAGGAGAUGCUGAAUAAGAUCCAGCAGCAGAUGCAUGAGAAGGACCAGUGACAUUUCCAGAGGCAGAGUUAUCCUGCUUUGCAACCUGCUGUUUCUACCCCAAAACCCCCAUGAGACCUUCAGACCUGGAUUUAGAUCGUUCGGCGCGGGAACUCCAGCUGACAGCUGCAUUUCUAUUCAUUUUGGUGCUCCAUUUUGUCUGUCUGCCUGGAGGUCAUUUCCGUUUUCCAAUUUCAGCCCCUGGCUGUGAUAUCAACUCAAAUAAUUUUAAGAUAUAAUUUAAAUAACUUGUCAGUGACUAAUUUAUAACACAGUGCUUGCAAUUUUUUUGAAUAUAAUGUGAGAUGUUUUGUAAAGAACUGUAGGUUGAUGGUUAGAUUUGAACCUGGGUGUUAUUUUGCGAUUAUGUGUUAGAUAUUUGAGCUUAUAUCAUAAUAUAUCUUUAACUCCAGAUUUCCAUCCAUGAAACCCGUUUUCCCUCUUAAGGAAAUUUAAUUAAUUAAAAUCUAACUUUUGCUGUGAAUUUGUUAAUUAACAUUAAGAGUUUCUUAAGGUCAGUAUAAACAUCCUCCUCCAGAGUUUUCUUACAUGCAAUCUGAGCUGAAACAGCACUUAUUGGCAGCAGCUAACUGCUAAAAUAAGGGUUUGUGCAUUAUAGGGAGCAUGUGUGUGCAUGCUGUCAUUACUCAUAUCUUCUGGAAGCGUUGGGCCUAUUUUUUACUGCUUUGUAACUGAUUCCUUGUGCUUGUAUCUAAUGCAUCCAAUGUGCAGUUUGCUUUGUCGCUGCUGCAUUAAGGAAAAUAAGUAAGGAGGAGCAAAUACUGUGUCUGUGCUUCUGUUUAAACUUAUCUCCCUAGAAGUGAGUAAAGCCAUUGAUGUAGUAAAACUUCCAUGUGAGUUAAGACUGCAAAGUGUCUGCAAGUGACUGUGUGGGAGUGUGUGUAUGUUUGUAUGGGUGUGUGCUGACUGUACUGCUGCUGAUGGCCUGUACAGAAGUUCCCUGAAGGCUGUUAGCUCAGUCUUUGUGUCCCAUUUUGCAAAAGUACGAUAAAUAAACUCCUCUUCUUGUUAAC